CUUUUUAAUGAUGGCGGACCUAGCAACAUGAGGUAAGGGCUUGUAAGAGACAAUUAAAUCCGUUCUUGGAAGCAUAAAAUACUUAUUUAGCUAUUUUUUUUAAGAUUUCAAAAGGGUUCUGACAGUAACCAUUAAAAUUAUGAAAAUCUGUUCGAAUUUCCUUAAGAUCAUCCAUUGACAAUUACAAUCACCUGAGUAUCAAAAACACAGUGGUCGCGAAGGAUCAGCGAUUGUUCUUGUGUUAAUUGCAGUCUCUGCUUUAUUUAAAAUGAAUUUAAUAUGAGUUUUAAUGAAGAGUAAAAUCACGAUCUGCUCUUCAAGCUUGCCAUAAAAAAAAUACUAGCUUGAUUUUGAUCUUGAACCAACACUCGACGAUACUUUCGAAUUGAAGACAUUAUUUACAGAGUGACUGUGUAAACGUCCUGGCAGGGUAUUGUCUGAAUUUAUUUAAAAAAACUUCAGCGAGUUUUGUUUUGGAACUUAAGGCUCAGAUUUUGAAAUACCGCAAUUCGUUCUUGAUACAUUGGGCAAAUGAGGGUCAAAUGGUAAUUUUUGUUAUUAAUGGUGACCAGUACGUUUUGUUCGUUUCUGGGACACAGCUUUAGACUGUUUACACAGUAAGGAAAUUUCUGAUGACGCGGAAAGGAAAACCCAAACACCAAGUUCAUCAGUAUAUUAACCUCUGCAGUGAGGAAGAGGGGUGUCUAAGGGUAAAACGACCAAAAGUCACCUAGGACCUGAUUUAAAAAAAGAAAUUUUUGGCAACUAGUUUGACUUCCCUUGAUGGAAAAACACAAACAGAACUGGGGCACCCCGGAGAAAUUAGUUCAAAACCACUUAAACAUAGCAUUGUUAAACGUAUUUUAGUAUUUAAACGGUAGAUAUAGGCAUACUUUUAUCCCCUAAAAAUUUUUCAUCUAUUCGGAAGUCCUAGCUGAAAGUCUGGUGAUCGGAAAAUUUUAGGGGUCAAAACUUACCUUUUCGAAAAUUUCAGCCAGAAAAAAGGCUCCCGAAAAUUCUAGGUGACCUUUUCAGGGUAAAAAUCCGUUAAAAAUGGGCAAUUAUACCAUUUUUUAGAUGUUCGAAAAUCCUAGGAGAGGCAGGCAAGCAAGAAAUUUUACAACAAAUGUUCCACAAAUUCUAGAUCUCAAAUCGUCUUCCGAACAGAUGUUUUCCGAAAAUUGUCGUUGGGUGCCCCUGACAGAAGUGAAACUUAAAGACACACCAGAUUUUUUUCCAAGAUUUUUUAUUCAGCUCUAGUUUUUUUUCAAGAGCCCAGAUUUUGUGGGUUCUAUUUGUGACCCCAAGAUUGAGUUACCUCAAACAUUAAUAUACCUGUUUUAACAUUGUCUGUUCUCAUGAAAAUAAUGUGUUAUAAAGACAAGGUGGAUAUAGGUGGAAGAAAAGCUUAUGAAAUGCUGUGAGACGUUAAAUAUUUUCACAUUUUUUGUUUUGUUUUGUUUUUUUGGGGGGGGUUGGGGAGGGGGAGUUCACAACCUUAAGAAAUAAGUGCUUGGAAAAAAAUGUACAGUUUCCUCUGAAGGUUACCUUAGUCAUUACUAGUCAGUUUGUGGAGCAUUCUGCAGCCACAGUAGGGAAAGGGGUAAUUUUAUUGUAACAGAAUGAUGCUGAUUAAUAUGUUUUAAAUCUCUGCAUAUGGUGUCACUUGUCAACUCCAGUAUUUCGACUGGAUGCAGAUAGUAAUAAUUAAUCAGGGAAGGAUAGUGUUGUAUUGAACUUUACUUGAACAUAAAUUCCUGAAAAUCAGCGUUAUAAAUCCCUCAAUAAACAGUCUUUCAUAAUCACAAAAAUAGUGUUUUCAAAAUAUCAAAAACCUCUUUUAUCAUUCAAUGCAAGUUUUUCGUCCUUUUCACUGGCUAAGAGCCAGCUACGUGACCUGCAAAAACUGCAUACAAAGAAUGAUUUUCUCAUGCACAAUGUUUGGCUACAAAUAAUAUUCUGCUCAUGUGUAAAUGAAACCAUCCUUUUCUCCUUGGUGUGAUCGCUCUUGCAUGAAAAUGGCAGAUCACUUCGCUGACCUUUCAGAGUUUUAAAAACAAACUCAGUGAUCAAAUGGUAACACAAUUAUAGAAAUCAGUUAUAGCCAAAUAUUGUGAUUUGUCAGUGUCUCGCAGAUCAAUCAUUGAUCUUCCUGCCACUGAAAAAUACCAAUAUUUUACUCAACCUCGUCCAAUAAUAAUAUUGUUAAAUAAUUUUGUAAAUUUAACCCCUGCAAAAAUUUUGUUGUACAUGGUAUGUGUUUGACUGUUAAGAUGCUAAAGGUGUGUUAAAUUGAAUAAUCUUGGCCCUCGGCUUACAGGAGGAAUUAGAAUAAGUAAAAUGAAGAUUUGGUUGGACAAUGACGUCAAUGCCAAGAUUUGUAACCAAGAUAGUUGGUGGAAAAUUAGUAACUGUUCCAGAAUACAGAGACUUCACAUCUUCACGACAAAGUGGCUAUAAUUUGAAUGCAACCUAUCCAUGGGGAAAGUAUGACUCAGGGCUUGCAGGACACAAGAUUGGAAGCAGGACGUACCCUGUGCUUCCUCCAAUUUCUGAUGGUAAGCUUUACUAUUGUCUAUGAGACAAGUCCAAAAUCGCCUAGCCAUAAACAAACUGUACAGGAAUGUAUUUUGAUUAAUUCAGUGAUCAUUCAAAAAUGUAAGUUUCAAAAAUUAUGUUGGAUUUUUUUAAAGUUGAAAAGCACUUAAAAUAACACCAUAUUAUUAUUAUUAUUAUUAUUAUUAUUAUUAUUAUUAUUAUUAUUAUUAUUAAUUUAUCAUUAUUAUUAUUAUUAUUAUUAUUACUAUUAUUAUUGAAAUUUUGCACAGCUGAUGAUGUUACAGCUGGUUUCUUCUCUGGCUUUGGGUAACAAGUUGCCCAGGAAAGCCAAGGAACACCAUCUGUUUGAUUUCCUCUCCUCUACACCUUGUGCAACUUUCUUAAAAUUCUUGCUGACCUAGCUUAAUAGUGCACAUUUCUGUAUCACUUUCACAGAGAUUUUUGCAUCAAUAACCUUCAGGUUGUUUUCCAGAUUCAUUGGUACUGAUCCUAAUGCCCCCAUUACCACCAGAAUCACCUCUGUCCUUACCUGCCACAUUGUUCGAAUUUCUCUUGCAAGAUCUUGAUACUUUUCAACUUUCUUAUCUUCAGUUUCACUCACCCGUCCAUCCUCUGGAAAUGCCAUAUCUAUAAUUUGACAGCUCUUGUCUCUCUUGUUAAUGAUUACCACUAUAAAAUCCGGUCUCGGCCUGGCCCCAAUUUUAUUAUUUAUAUUAUUCUUAUUUUAACUUUUUUCAAUUUCAAUUAUCAGGUCAAUCCAAUAAACUGACUUCAGAUAACCUUGCUCAAAGAAUAAGGGAAGCUCUCAUCAAUGUCAGCGAACAUAAGCUGAAGGCUGUGAAGCACAAAUUUUAUCUCCUGGAUUCAGACCACUCAGGAAGAAUAACAACUGAAGAGCUGCGUCAAGUGCUCCUUAGCUACCAAAUAUUUAUUCUUGGUCCAACAUUAAAAGAACUUGUCAAGAAGUUUGAAGUUGAAAGUGGAGGAGUUUUAUAUGAACCAUUGACAAAAUAUUUGCUAGGUAAAUUGUAAUUUAAUUACCUGAGCUGAACUUCUUUAUGUCUAAUGCAAGUACUACAGUUGCGUAACUGUUGAGAAUUCUCCCAUUACCCCCUAAAGUGUUUUAUAUCAUAUAUGCAAAUACGGGCUUUGGCUUUUAUAAAUUGACCUUCCCGAGAAAAAAUGCAAAAUUCUUUUGUUAUGGCACUGAUUAAGAGAGAAAUUCUUUCCAGUUGUGAAGUCUUGUACACAAUGUCUUGCAAGUGUAAUCAGUUUUUGUUUUGCAAAAAAGAUGCUUUCCAAAAUAUGGAUUUUUCUCUUAAAAUGUCAACUUAAGCCAAAAAAAAUUGAUACUAUGUUUGUAUUAAGAUUUUCCAAGUUUCAGCCGUCAGGGGAACGGGUAAAUAAAGUAAACUUCUUGAUGUCACAACCAUGUUUACAAACUCUCAUGAAAACAUGCCUCUCAGCCAUUCAGAGCAUGCAUACUAUCUUAGUUAUUCUUUAAAUCCUCCUACAAACUCCUGGACAGAACUUUCACUUUAAAGUUGUCACACUCAAAAUGAAUAUACAACAUUCAGUUUGUUUUAGCUCUAUAUUCAGUAUUUAAAUGUUGUCAGAGAACAGUCUCUUAAAGUCAUAAACUGAGCAAAUUAUAUAUUUAUUCACUUGUUGUGUUUGCAGACUGCCAUCCAUCAGCUAAUGCAUGGCAGGAUAAAGGCAAGUUAAGUGCUGUUGGUUUGUCAAAUCCAGUGCGCCAAUACUGGCCAACAGACCAACAACAAAACUAAUGAUGCUCAACUGCUGCUUGAAGUGGAGAAUCAACUAAUCCAAGAUGGAGGAAACUGGGAUUACAAUGAGCUGAAAACUUCAUGUCAAAAUUGCGACAGAGGGAGAACUGGCUUCAUAGGGAACAAAGAGGUUUGUGGAUUACAUUACCAAUUCUUUUUGUGUCAUGUGUUCUCAAAAAUAAUACUCCUUCACACUCCAUGAAGAGUCAUUCCAAGUGUCUUAAAGGCCCAAAUUUUGAAUUAAAGUAUGAGCAUAUAAACUAUGUUUUUCCUCAGCAGGUGUGUAAACCAAUGAAAUCUCCUGUGGGGGAGUAUAAAUAUUUUCUGGGUCAACACCUUGGGAAAAAAGUAAAAUGCUACAAAAUUAUUCCUUUGGUACAUGUAACCUAACGUAUUGUUCAAUUUUAUUGUGAUUUGAUUUUUUUAUUGAUUACUUUGUUUUCAUUAAAUUUGUUUAGAUGAAGAUGUUGUGUAAACAUCACAAACUUCCCCUCAGUCGAUCACUGUUGGAAAGGCUGCUAGCAAGGUUUGAUAUAGAUGGAGAUGGUUGGGUCAGGUAUGUGCAAGAUACUGUUACUGUGCUCUAAAAUGGUAAUGCUUUUGCAAUUUCCAGCUCAAGCGAAACUAACCUUACCUUAACUCUCAAUCUGAGUCCACAUCUCAGCCUAGCUACAUCUUCGUUUCUUGAAGGUGCUGUAAAAUCCUGCCAUUCUUUUAUAGCGGAGCUCUCGCGCGCGAAGCGCGCCAGCGGAGCACCAUGGGUAAGAAAAUGAAGUAAUCUACCCAUCCGAGAAAAUUUGGUAAUCACGUGACCGUACACCGCCCGCUCGAUCGGCCCGAGAGACCGUCCGUCCGCACCACAGGCAUACCAGUGUAAAAUAACUCAAUCAAUAGGUAUGGCAACCCAAAUGCAACUCGAGGUUAUUUUGGCGGGAAAUCGCAUAGCCACCGGCGUCUUGUAAAGCAGACACAACAAAAGAGUCAAUAAAGACGAAAACGGAAGGCGGAAAUUGUUUCUGUAUCCGUCUUGUCUAAAGUAUAGAGUGUUUUCACUCACGUGGCCAGCAUCUAUGCAAAUUUAUUAGAACAAAAGAAAGCGUUUGCAUAAGAAAAGAGUUCAACUCCCAGAGGAUUGGUUUGGGACACCAACAUGGCCGCCGUUUCAUUGUUUUGGGACACCAAUAUGGUUGCCUUGACGUCAUGUGAAAACACUCUAUUAAGCUUAGAUAAAUUGUCAUGUCCACAAAUUUGGAAUAUAGAGCAAGAGAAAGUGGGCGGCAGGCCAGCGAAGCUCAAGGGCGACAGGGAUUUAGAACGAGAGAUAAAAAACCGAAGGAGACACUUUUUUUGGUUGGAAGAACAACAUGAAAGUUUUGUGGCGGCGGUGACAAAAUGAGAAAUGCUAGCGGCCACCAAUGCAAGGUGAAAAUGAACGGCAGUGAAAAAAAGAAAACGGGAAUGUUAUAAUAUUGUAAUUUUCACGCCCUGUGUUGACUUUCAUUUGCACGUGCUGCUAGACUCAUUAUAUAUUCAGUUUCGUUUGUACCUUCGGGCGCACUUGAUAGAGAUUAAAUGUCUGUUCAGUAACCGCUUGAACGUGUGGUUCGCUGUGUUAUUACAGGGAACACGUACGACAUUUCCUCCAUAAAACGUGUAACUAAGACGUUUCAGGAAGUUUCACGAUGUAGGCGUCCAAAACAACGGCGAAGAAAUGUACAAAAAAACUGUGCUGAACAAUUAGCGUGUUGCACGUGCAAAGUUGCUUUUGCUAAUUAGACCUGGUGUUGUUUUUCACCGUUUUCCGGCGUUGCAUGCCUUCGCCGCUUAGCAUUACACGAUUUUUUAUUUUGUUUGAACAUACUAUAAAUAUUAUCGAGAGCUUCGCUUUUAGCCCUGGCUAAAUCUAUUUAUUAUAAGAAUAUAUGCUAAGACUAAGACCCUGUUUACAUGGAGUGGGGGACCCCGGUCUAGUGGGGUAAGUUUCUUUUGUUUUGUGUCCCCCAGAGCGUGAAAACAAAAGAAACCAACCCCACUAGACCGGGGUCCCCCACUCCAUGUAAACAGGCCCUUAGAUGUGUGUCCAUCUCAGAGAGGUGUCCAUCAUACAUGAAAGUGUCAGUAAAGAGAGAGUUUCAACCGUAUUGUCAGUGCAAACGCCUUGUAUUCAAUGACUUUUAUGAAAUUAUCUCGUUUUAGCUGGAGGGAAUUGACAAGAUUUCUUGAAAGAGCCCUUUCUGUCAUUGCACUUGGAAGUUCCUUGAAGUCAUCCCAUGAAGGAAGAGUUUCAAACAGAAACAACAGACGAACAAGUGCAGCGACCUUAAAUAAACAAAUCAGCAACCAGACAAUAAGUACUGAAACACAGACCAGCACAGGUAACACCUGUAAUUAAACUACAAAAUAUUAUAAUUUAUAACAGCUAUCGAUAAAUAUGAUGUUAGUUCAAGGUGGCUUUCAGGGUGGUUUUCUAUCAAAGUUUCCUACAUUUUUGGUUGUGGAAGGUUCAGAUGUCAGGAUUUAUCUACUAAAGACAUGUAACUUAAAGCUACAUAAUAUUAAUUUCUUUACUCUAACCCAUUUGCUUCAAGGCGAGUCGGUGCUAAAAGAGGGUUUAAAUUUAUUGUAACUCAUUAUUGGUUGCAGGUUGUUUUGAACACCCGUUUGGGGGAGGGGGGGGAGGGUUAACAUUGCUGUUCUUUCCUGAGUAAAGGCCAGGCCAGCAAUUUUAUGAGCUCAAUGGAGUUGCACAUUGCAAGAAAAGGAAAUUUUCUUUCAAAAAUUAGCUUAACUUUUAUUCAAACUAACCACUUCGAGAGAAACCGAGACCAUAUGUAUAAAUAUUGGUUUUUUGAUACUUGAUAAACAUUUAUUCUUAAUGUUUUUCUUGAGGAUCUGCCUACGCUCAGCUGCUAUGUCCUCUAAUCCCCGAUGAUAUCCGGACACCGCCAAGGAAAGAAUCACUUAACCUCCAGUCUUAGUACUACAUUAAAUUUUGUUGCCAUAAUUAGUACUAGGGGGUACUCUAUAAGACAACGAAAAGGCAAUCAUUUAAUGCAGUGGUACUUAACAAAUCGAUAACAGUUGUCCAUGUUCUAUACUUUUAUCGACCAUAAGAAAUGCCUUAAAAUGCUCAAAACUAUGUACUUAAGUUUUGAACAUUUUGACGUCAUUUCUGUGGUCGAUAAGAGUGUAGAUCGUGGAAAAUUGUGGUCGAUAUGUUACAACUUUUAAUGUGAGUGUUGCGAGCUUCUGUAAGUAACUGCCUGCCUCUUAUAACGACGGCGACGUUAACAAGAAUGGCAAAAAAAAGCACUGAAUAGGUUUAGAUUGCUCACAAAACAACAACUCUGCACUUGCAUCACGCUUGUCUGUACAUUUCCUUGACGUCACUGCACUACUAUGACGUGAAAAUACCCAAUUUCACGUUUUGUGGAGGACGCGAACACAAGACAACGACUUUCUUUUUUCUUUUCCUGAACUUUGUUUGAUACAGUCUUCAAGAAUUCACCUGCAGAACUGAGUUGACGAACUGAUUGAGAUCGAGUAAGAGUGACAAAGUUUGAAUCACUGAGCGCGACUUCACUUUUUUAGAGAUAUUUUCCUAGCCGUCGCCAUUGUACUUAAGCUCUCUAAUAUGGAGCUGAAGCGAACAACGACGACGACGGGAGAGGAAACUUCACUUAAAAUGUGCAUUCGCGUUGUUUCAAACUUCAUCGCUCUUAUUCCAUCUCGUUCACUUUUUCAAUUGUUUGCGAACUUUUCUUGAGUUAAAUUCUAAAGGUCUGUUUGUAAGUUUGGAAAAAGAGAAAGAAAAUCGUCGGCUAGCUAGUGUUCACGUCGUCCAUAAAAUUAAAGUGAAAUUACUUACGUCAAAGUUGUGCAGUGCCGCCAAAGAAAUGUACAAAAAAGCGUGAUAGAACGAUUUUCGUAUGACCUUGAAAUGAAAACGCGCGAACAAAACAGAAACAACAAAAGAACGGAAAUAGAGCGAUUUGACUGGUUUAUCGAACGGAUACAAACGCAACUGGCUUUUGGUUGGUUAAGCGAACGCUCGGCUAAAAAAACUUCAUGCCCGAAGAACUUUCUAGAAAUCGCUUUGACGUCAUACUGCAACACGAUUGGUCAAUCGAACAAUGCCUUCUCCAUAUUAGGGUUUUCUUUGGCGGGAAAAUGAAGAGUCGAUGUUUUGUUCUUUUCAACCAUUGGCUGACAAAACAACUAACGAACACUUACCGAAACCAUUUUUCAAGGACAUACGAAAAUCGCUCUAUAGGUGCAAAGUUGUUGUUUUGCUAACCUAAACCUAUUGCUUUUUGCCGUUUUUGUUGCCGUCGCCGUCGUCGUUGCUUAAGCUCCCUAAUCUAGUGGCCGCUUACGAAGAAGAGAACUGUUUCCGUAGGCGGUUUGCGCUGAAAAAGGACUCUUUUUCUUUCUCCCGAUGGUGUCCGCUAAUGCGAGAGCCGCUUUAACUCUUCUCUGUCUUAAUAAGAAUGUGUAAUCAAUUUGUGCAACAGAUGAUAACAGUGGCUUUAUAGAAGGACAUCGCUUUUUCGAACGCAGUAAAAGUUCAUUAAAAAGGUCACCGCAAGCUAAAGGUAUUAUUUUAAACACUGCUGAGUAAUCAUAAAAUAACCUGGUAAGAAGCACUAAGGCUGUAACAGCUCUUUCGUUAAUCACUUAAAAUUGACCAAACUAUGUUCUAUGUUUUUCCUGACAACAUCUAAAAAAGAAUAUGCAAAUGGACAAACGUACCCCAGCUUCGAGAUCAAUCAGUUCAGACAGAGGAUUUUUAACACGUUAAAUGAACGAAUGAUUAUGGCUAAUUUGAAACAACCUUCAAACAGGAAAAACUCCAGAACAUCCUACACCCUGUUUAUUGAAAAAAAGGUAUGAAAUAAGGACGGAGAAAAACCAUAAAAUAUAUAAUAUAUUUGACAAGGUGAUUAAAUCCGGUUUAAAUGUUAAAAAAAGAACAUAAAAAAACGUAGUGACGUCUUGUACACUGGCUAUAAAAUAUCUGACUUUAUAAAACGUAGAAAUAAUAAUAAUAAUAAAAAAUUAACACAACGGAUGACGAAUCUAACCUGGCACUGAUCACAAUUAGUUUGAUCAUAAGUUUGUUCCUUCUUGAAUCUCGUAAUUCUUCUUCUGGCCUGCUACUUUUAAUGGAUUUGCAAGUCAUCUGUCCACUUUUCACUCAGUUAAAUUUCGCCAUUAGUUUGAAGCCCUCUUUUGUUUUGCUGUCAUCCAAACACUAAAAGCCCCAUUCACACCAAAGCUUAAACAUGUUUACCUGAAAUGGUUCUUAGUUAAAGACGGUUAGAAUUUGUUUUGUUUAUCUAAGCUGCUUUCUGUACGUUUUUCAGUUGUAAAUUUAGUGCCAUUACACAACGAGGUAAAGUUCAUUUGAAUGCUGUGUUAAAGCCUGUGUUCUAGUUAUCUGUUACUGUUUUUCACCUUCUACAACCUAGUUUCAUUAAACAUGUUUACUUCGUGUGAAUGCGACAUAAUUUUGUGCUACACAUUGUUGUCUCAUCUAGUGACACUCUAGCCUGCGUGGCAGCCGUCGGCCGUCAAACGGGAAAAAGGGAGGGGGUUGGGGAGAGAGGGAAAGGGCUCCCUCUUCUUUCCCCCGCGCGCUUUUCUCCCCCCCCCGCUUAUUUUUUGCUUCUGCCAUGCAAGCUUAAGUCUUUCGUGAGGGAAGUGUUAUUAACUCUGCUUCUCUUCCCCUAGAACCCGAACCUGUUAAACUUUCCCUGCGGCGGCGCAAUAUUUACGUAUACCCCCCUGACGAGUACCUUGACAAGGAUCUGUUACCUUACCCCCCAGAGGAACAGUUGCAGUUGGAGUGGGUGUAAGUCGUGACGGUAGUUGAGUAAAGCAAUUACUUUUGUUAGUAGUGAGGCAAACAAGAGGACGUGUAAAGCUAUAGAAAACAAACAAAAUUGAAUAGAUGAGCAAUAAACCACAUAAAUAACGGUAACUGGGGCUAUCUCCGUUACCGGCUGGAAACACUGCCAUUUUAAUCGUGGAAACCCCAAGGAGACCCAACGCAACGAGGAGCGCUGGGUGACGAGAGAAAUAGCGCCUGCUUGGGAGACUUCUUUCAUCUAAAUCCGCAGCAAAUCACUGCGUGGCGGGAAAAUGAGCACCGGCUAGUGCUUACCCUUUCUUUCUGAUUGGCUGAGAAAGAGGCGAGGUAUGUUUUCACCAAUCAGAUGGAUGAACAAUGGAAAUAGAAAUUGCUGAAUUACUUUCUGUAAGUACUGUAAGAGUCUUACGCAACCACCAAGAAAAAAGGUUUUAUAACUGAAGCAAAACAACACCUCUUGUGUAAACUUUUUGACGCUUUUUCGUUAAUUCUGUUGGUAUAAGGAAAUUUGGCUACCUUUAAGAGAUUCAAAAUAGCAGAUCUGGCACGGAUUCACCAAUCGUAUCUCAGUACAUUUAACAACUUUCUUGUUUUGCCUGUCGAUAUUUUAGGUAUGGCUAUCGUGGUCGAGACUGCCGUAAUAAUCUGCUAGUGCUCCGUUCCGGCGAAAUUAUUUACUUCACUGCAGCAGUAGUGGUCUUAUAUGACGUACAAGGUCACAAACAGCGGCACUACACUGAACACACAGAUGAUAUCAAAAGGUAAUGCUUUGUUACAUUUGUUCUUUUAUCCCAAUACUCACUGCAAAAUAAAAUUUCAUGUUUCUUCUUAUCUUGACCGAACUUAAAAAAAGUUCCACCUUUCAAUAUUCAUCACCGCGCUAGACAAUUUGCUGAUCCUCUGUGAAGCAGUAUUCAAACUAGCGGUGAUCUUUGAACUCAAGUUUCGGUGGGGGAGUAGACAGUAAAGCACCCAAAAAUCGUCAUUUUGUAAAUUUGUCAAGCACAUUAUAUAUUGUAGGCUCGAUUACCCGGCGCUGUUCGGGAAAUGAGCCCGCGCUCCUUUCCCGAACAGACUUCGUCUCUUUUCGGGGAGAACCGAGCGAGCGGCGGAAAUCGAGCAUAUAUAAAUUGUCUAUCGUCAGGAAUUCGAUAAAUCUAUUUUUUGUCUUUUCCCUUCAGUUUGUGUGUACACCCUGAUGGAGUUACAGUUGCUUCUGGUCAAGUAAAAGGUCAUGGGGAUGAAGCUAAGGUGAUUGUAUGCAGAGUCACACGUCCGAGCUUACGGUUAACAUGUUACUAGGGAGCUUUAGUAACGACGACGGCGACGGCAACAAGAACGUCAAAAAAGUAAUAGGUUGAUGAAGCAAAACAACAACUUUUGCACGUGCAUCAUGCUUUUUUGUACAUUUCUUUGCCGUCACUACACGACUACUGAAAAUGUCUAAUUUCACGUUGCAAAGGGGACGUUAACUAGCGACGACGAAUUUUUCUUUCUCUUUGUAAACUUGAGUGCAGUCCCCAAAAACAUCAACUCCGGCGAAAUUCGCGACAAAUUUUGGAAAAAACGCGAAUUCAAUUUUAAAAUGCCGUUCUGACUCGCUGCCGGCACCGGCGUCGAUGCUAAAGCUCCCUAAUAUAUAGUGUAAAGAGGGGGCGUCUUGACAUUACAUGACAUUGUUUUGGCAGAUUCUCGUUCCUAGUGUUUAAGUAUUUAUUUCGCCAGACCAUGCAGUUGAAGAAUUUUGAUUGUUAACUGACAUAAAAACACAACUACUUGAACUAAUAGCUGAGUGCGUUUCGUUUAUUUCUCGUGUGUGAAAUCUGACCACGUGAAUAUGUUUUGUUAUAAAGUUUUAACAACUGAUCGUGUUCGUAAGUACCCGUUAUUCGUGUGCCAUUGAUAGGAGAGGGAUUCAAUUAAGUGACUUCACGAGUGGAGACAAACCAUAGCAGUGUGCAUCGACUCAAAGACCGUUUUAAAGGCCUGGGAAAUUUUUCAAGUUGCAACUGAUUAUUUAAAAUUCUAUCCAUUUCCAAACAAAGACUGCACGCUAACAAGCUAAAAUGCAGCAAUAAUUUUACGUUUCUUUUUCUGCAAACGGAAGAUUUUUUUCUUGGCUUAUCAGUAAGACAAGGGGACAAGUAAAACCCACCCAUGCAAAUAGACAUUAACACAGAAAAUAGCAAUAUACCAUUUAGAUACUUUGCUUUCUCUCAAACAAAUAAUUGAUCUGUUUCCUUGCAUGCAUCAUCAGUGGAUGGAAUCAUAACUAAGCCUAUUUGCCUUCCUUUUGUCUUGAUAGCCUCAUAUCAGAGUGUGGGAUUCAGACUCAUUAGAAACCAUCUGUAUCAUUGGAGUGGACUACUUUGAAGAUGCCGUCUUUGCACUGGCCUUCUCCAAUAAGGUAAGUAAGUUUGUAUUCGCUUUGGUCGACCUCAUUUCGGAUUUUAAAACCUGGGUUGCCUACCAUUUACACAAACCAUUCGGGUGGAAAUCUUGAGCAGUAUAACACUAUAAAAUUUGACGUGGUGGGAGAAGGACAAAGUAUAUCCUGACAUGAACUUGAGAGGCUUAAAAGAUGAGAAAAAUUGCAUCCCCACAAAUCACAGCCCGUGUGAUUUUCCAACCUGAAUUUCCGGUCUUCUCAACUAAAUGGUGGGACCGGUCACUCUUACCCUACCUUCAUUCUCGUCCCCAGAGCCGGUUACAAAUUAAGCCGAGUAGCUCUGGGGACGAGAAUGCUCUACCUUUUGAUCGAUAAAAGUCCAGAGAUGAAGACGUUGCAUUACCGACUAGCAUUUCAAGAGAAUAUAACACCUUCUUUGUCUUUUUGUCCAUUUUUUAUUUCAGAAAAGCCAGGGAGCAUAUCUUGCUUCGAUUGAGGAUAAUGAAUAUCACACGUUGACCGUGUGGGACUGGACACGAAAGACAGGAAAGAAAAAAAUUGCCUUUGCCAGGGUAGGCCCUCUACACUGCUCGUUCACAUUCACGUAUGAAUCCUUUCAUUGUUAAGGUCACUAAUAAGGGUUACUUGCACGGCACAGAUUCCUUUUCACAACUUAUUAACAAUAAAACUUUGUGAUACGACGGAUGUUACUGAAAUUUUUCGGCAAAUUGUGCGAGGCAAGAUAGCGCAAUGAGGCUUCUAUAAGGAUUUUGAGAUUGAAAUGUUUUCACUAAAAAGAGUUAUCAAACUGUCGUUUAGAGGCGGCAACCCCCGGAUAAAUCAUAUCCAAUGAAGACUGAGCAUGUGGCAAACCCAAACUUGUGUUAUCUGUCGCCCCAUGUAAGGGAAUGGGGACCUUACGAUCCGACAACGGCGACGUCCAUGAAAAUGUUCAUGAAAACGUCGCUGAAAAAUAGACUUCGCAUCCUUUUAAACUAUUUCGCGAUUAUCCCAAGUCACCCUGUUACCUAAUAGAAGGGAAUUUAGGUUGGAAGCGAAAAGAGGGAACCGCGCACGAGUUCAGACAGAGAUGGUAAAAUUUAUCGCCUUGCCGUUCUCGUUCUCAAGUAAACCUAAAAUUGGGCUAUUUCACGUCGUAGUUGUGCAGGGACGGCAAAGAAAUUGACAAAAAAGUGUGAUGCACGUGCAAAGUUAUUGUUUUGCUCAUUACAUAAGCGUAUUGCUUUUUUUGAGGUUCCCAUUACCGUCGCCGUCGUAGUUUCGUAAGGUCCCUAAUGAGUCUGGAUUCCACGUCGUGGAUUCCAGAUUCCAGGUACUGGAUUCUGGGUUCUUUGUCAGUGGAACUUGGAUUCCGGUUUGCAGUCUUACGUGGCAUUCCGGAUUCCUUGAGCUGAAUUCCGGAUUCCAAAGCCCCGGAUUCUGGAUUCCACAGGCAAAAAUUUUCCAGAUUGCGGAAUCCGGAUCUCUUAUCCCUCACUACUGAGCUAGGACCAGCCUGAUAAAUACAUAAGCAAUGACCAAUAUUAUGGAUAGACGGUAAUGUAGUAACAUCCUAAAGCAAUCCGCUUUGUCGUAAAUUUGAAGGCUUUGUGUUUGUUACCAGGGUCACAUGGAUCAAGUUUUGGUGGUCGGCUUCUCUUUGUUCGACAGUCAUCAGCUGGUCACUUGUGGUAAACAACACGUGACUUUCUGGGAAUUAGAAGGCAACAAACUCAAACAGUCAAGAGGAAGACUUCGGGUAAAAACACUUGGUUUACAUAUUUAUUAAUUGUUUGCCUUACAUUCAUCAGGCUGCUGAAGAAGAAUAUUGUAGCAUAUAACUAAUCUGAUAAUAUGCUUAUCUCAAGAAAGCCGGAAAUGCAGCAAUCUACGAUAGCAGCCAGUUUCAAUAAGAGACCGGGCCGCAAUAACACAAAGUGAUUAAGGGUUUUAAUUUAAAACGUUCCUUGAUAGAGCCAGUCUCAGUGAAGUCAAAGAGAAAAUACUUUGCUUUUUUCAGUAAACUCAGCUAUCCGGCAAGUCGGCUCAAACUUCAACAUGAUCUUCCGGGUUAGUGUAGUACUGGCCCCAGUUAUUCCAAAGGUGGAUGGCACUAUUGACUGGACAGUGAUUUAUCCGGUGGAUAUCGCUAUCCAGCUUUUGAACAGCUGGGGCAUGGAUAGGACUUUUCGGCAGUGCCUGACUUUUCAACAACCUCUGCGUUAGUCAACAUCUGUGUCAAGAACAAGCUGCAUAUCGUCAGUUCGCUACGUGUCCCCACGUGUUGUUAAUGGUGUUGUUUGUAUUCUUGCUUCUCGUUAUAGUUCUUUUUAUCUCUUGUUACAGCAAAAGCACAUACCAAAGUACGUUUCAUGCAUCGCCUUCGCCAGAAAUGGUGACGUAUAUACUGGGGAUACAGAUGGUAGUAUAUGUGUAUGGCCAGAAGGUUUGUGCUGCUAUUACCACCUAUAUAAGAAGUUGAAACUCAAGCCACAAUUGUAAAACCUCUUCACGAGCGUAAAGAGCGUAAAGAGCGUAAAGUAGAAUAAAGUGGUGUUCGUAGUUUCGUUGCGAAGCCAAAUAUAUUUUUUGACAUGGAAAUGGUUGUUUCCAAAUGACACGGAACAACUUCAGUCUUUUUCUUUGGCUUACUAGACCACUUAAUAUCAAACACUUCAUGAUUUCUCCACGUUUCUUUCGUACCAUUUUUUUUCAUCAGAAUCCAACCAAAUAGCCGAAGAUCUUGGGGUCAGGAACGCACACUCUGUGAGUACAUACAUACCAAUUUUUCAAACCCAUUUGUAUUAUUGUAAGAAUAUGUCAUAGUACAGUCUCUCCACAGUGGCCACGCCGUCUUUUUUUGGCAGACAGUCCAUACAUUCACUCUUGUUUAAACCUCUCUACAACGGCCACUUUCUUCUGUCCCCUAGGUGGCUGUUGUGAAGAGGUUCAACUGUAUUCUAAUUUUCUCCAUGUUUCUAGGAGUCAGUUUACACUCUUCUUGUCUUGCCUAAUGGCGUACUGUUAUCUGGGGGAGGGGGUGAGUCGACCGUGAGAGCCUGGAGAAGAGCACCCCAGUUGGUGCCCACGAAUAUUGAAUUAAAAGUAAAUGGCAGUUUUGUUCUAUUUUUGUACUUUUUCAUUGCAACAAUUGAUAAUUAAUUAAUAAUGAAGACGGUGCCUUUUCUUUCUUUUUUUCUGAUCGUGUUGUAGAUGCCCAGGGAAGUAAGCGGUAUACGCUGUCUUGCUUUGGGGAGCGGAGACAGGCUUUUUAUCGGUACUGUAGAUAACAACAUUUGGUGUACCUUUCUAAACGGGGAUUUAGACUCGCCUCUUAAGGAGUCGGGGUCCAAACUUGUCAAGGUUAUGGAGGUAAGUAGCACGUCGUUUGUGCAUAUCAACAUUUUUUGUCUCCACUGUGGCAAAUUUCAACCAAACAGUCAACUCUCUUUGACACUGACACCUUAGGGACCGACCGUGUCAGUCCAAGAGUGUCUCAUAGAGAGUCAAAUAAAGAGGGUGAAGAAAGGCAGGGACCAACCUGUGUCCGUUUACAGAGGCGUUCGCUAAGAGAGAGUCGACUGUAUAGAUUGUAGUGAAGUAUAGGUUGUGUUGGAGUAUCUAACGCAGAUACGCGAUACCCAAACCGCCAUUUCAUACAUUACUUGAAACUUAGGGCACUUUCCAUUUGUGAGAACCUGCCGGUCAGAAAGGUCCAGUUGUAAAGAGAAUUCCACAAUUCAUCACGACUAUCCAGUCAGAUCAGCCAAUUCUUUGAUGGAAUGUUCAGCGGUGGUGGGUUAUAGGGAAAAUUUCGAGAAAAAAUACUAAUAUUUCAUUUUCAAAAUGACUGGCGGGUUAGUUAUGACUUUUGAAAAGCGCCCUUAGACUGUCUGAAGCUUCAUUACUCUCUUCUGUUGCAAAAAGGGAUAACAGCUGUCAAUUAAAACUGAUUUUUUUUUCCAUUUCUCCAAGGGCCACUGUCAAGGUUUACGAGGACUUGCAAGUCACCCCAGUUCCCAGACGUUUAUCACUGGCGGAAGUGAUAAAACAGUCCAACUGUGGAAUGCCGCUGACCGCCGUACAGUGUGGAAAAACAAUAAGUUGGUUAGUUUCGCACCAAAGUGGGAGUUAUUUUAGUUACUGAUUUUUUUACCAUAAUUUUAAUGGACCAUUCUAUUAACGUUAUUUCACGUCGGACUCUUCAGUUUCACCUUCUUUGUCAGUUAAGAACAAAACUAUCUUACUGUCUCUUAUUUCCAACUCUUGACUCGAAACUUGAGUCUACGGAAGAAAAACGUGGUCUUUGAAAUGUAGACUAGUAAGCAGCAGCAAAUUUUUCUUUCACCCGUUGCCCGCUGAGAAGAACGCAUCCUAAUCUCAGGUAUCCAGAUGCCAACAAUGGAGGCCAAAACAAGUUGGGACAGCUGCGAAAAAUAAUACGCUGUCAAGUAAUGCUGACGUACGACUCUGCUCCUGAUGACAAAUUUUUGAUCGCUUGUAGGUUCAUCCCUUCAUUCUCCUACUCCCCUCCUCAGUAAUGUUGCGCCCUAUAAAAUACUCAUUUCUACGCAUUUUGCUUAAAAUUUAACAUUGUUUGAGGUGGGAGGGAAGAGUUCGCUAUUUUUACUAAUAUCACUGGAAAGGUCCCGUCCCAACACUUUUGACCUCCACUGUAUUCGUGGUUAUUUUCGUCGUAGUGUACCAUUUUGGCGUCCACUGAAUUACCGUUACGUCAUGUGUGAUAAACUGCCACCUCGCGUUAUAAAUGAUCAGUUUAUUACGGACUAGCCCUUGAAAAACAGCCGACAUUUUGCGACGUCACCACUGGUUUCCCCGCGAAAUGACGUCUGAGAAACAAGCGCAGAAAUUACGUACUGAUGAAGCAUCACUACCCAGAUCUGGGUAGUGCUUCUGAUUGGUCGUGUCGCGAGAGAAGUUUGUUUCAACCAAUCAGAAGCACUACUCAGAUCUGGGUAGUGAUACGUCAUCAGUAUGGAAUUUCUGCACAGACGUCAUUUCGCGGGGAAACCAGUGGGGGCGUCGGAAAUGUCGGCUGUUUUCUCAGCCUAAAAACAGACGAGGACAUUUCGUCAUUAGUGAUGGCCUUUAGCGUAAGAGUCAUUUAAGAGGUUAAUAUUUUUCAGGGCUCAGCGAUAAAUGCAGCAGCAUUUCAUCCUGAUGGUCGUUCCAUUGCCUUAGGGUUCAAGAAAGGCGGGUAGGUACCUCAUCCAACAGAGCUUAUUACAGAAAGAAACUUGCUCUAAAUCAUAACAGGCUACAGCAAAGGGUCACGGGAAGGAAACGUUUCUUUGCACCUCCCAGGGUGACUUGCACGGUUCGAGAAUUCGCUCCCAAGCUUGCCCUUUGAUUGGCCGAAACCUUCUAAAACGCACCCAAGUGCAGGGCAGUAUUGCACUGUAUUGUGUUGUAAUUUAUGGUUAAUUGGUAAAUAAAUCGCAGACAGCAAUCUCGGAAGAAGUCUCCAAACGAGUCCUUCUAAGUUUGUAAAAGCAUACGAUCUUCUGCGUUAAGGGCUUCCGUCCAGUCGUACCCACCUACCCUUCCCCUAACAAUAAACUAACCAAACGUUCACACUAACUUCUCACGUAGGGCAAAAUGUUGGAUUAGGGGAGGGAUAGGUGGGCAGUUUCCCGUGUGGACAUAGACUGCUCAAAUAUGCCCCCCUCUCUCUGUUCAGCCCCGCCCUUCAAACGUGCUUGAAAUGAAAUAUGCUCCCGGGGGAUAUAAUAGUGGACUUACGGUAUUCAAAAAUUCCCUGUGACUAAAGGCCGGAAUAGCGGAAUAGCCGCCACCCUGCUGUACUCAAAUUUCUUAUUUUUCCUUUACAGAUGGAUGUUGUUAAACUCAUCAACUGGAGAUGUCAUUCUCGUACGAAGAACUGAGCCUCCAGAGAAAGUAUCAGAAAUUCAAUUCUCACCAGGUAUACACCUGCAAACAUGCCAACAAAAGAAACAGUGUUCCUCUUUUAUGCUUUUGAUGAUAUGUUUGUUUUUGUUAUUUGUUUAUUAGCUCAAGGCCAUUAAUAGAAACUACUCUUACGUUUCAGAUGGAACUCAUAUCGCUUUGGGCUGCCAUGAUAACGAUAUUUACGUUUAUGAAUUGCAAAACGAAGGGAAGUCGGUCUCGCUUAAAGCACGUUGCAAGGUUAGAAAGAACAAUAUAAUGAUACUAGCAAACUGAUUACUAUUUACAGUGUGGAGCUUGAACGAUUUUCAGCUCUUUGAUAUGAUAACAACAAAUCUGGGAGAGCUUGCCGUGCUGCAGGGAUAAAGCACCGCGGACACCAUCGGAAACGCCUGACAUCAGCUAGCCCUUUGUCGUUUGUGGUGUUGUUCCUCAAAAGUUUUUUUCUUUUUAGAAGAAUAGAAAAAUUCAAAAGAUUCUUUUAUGAGAGCAGCCUGGCAGGGGAAACUAAGGACGCUUAUAUUAAGUCAGUUUUGGCCGCCAAACCAGUCACUCUGAAAGUAAAAUAGGCUUUUCGCUAAAACCCAUCAAUGCCGUGCGUGGCUUUUACGAUUAGACUGGCCUGGCCGUUCAGUUCUGACUUAUGGUAAGCACCCUUAGUCUCCCGGAGACUUCUUGAAGAUUGUUCUUAUUUUUUCACUUUUGUUGAUAUUUUUCUGCAGGCCCACAGCAGUUCUGUGACUCACUUAGACUGGUCAAAGGAUGGAGAAAAACUUCAGAGUACUUCUACAGAUUACGAAUUACUGUUCUGUAAGUCCAUAAUUUUAAAGCUUAUUCUGGCUCUUUACUACCUUCAUGUUGCGCUGCCGCCAAGUUUAUCUUGGCUCGACUUUAUGAAUAAUGAAAUAUAUUUCAUAUUUUCAAAUGAGGGUCAGGAGCGUGAAAGGCCUUACUGAAACAAUGAAAGCUUUGUUACUUCUAAGUCUGUGGACUUUUCAUCCAAUGGAAUCUAAGUUUUUCCUAAACAUGUUUAGUAAACCUCCUAUCGACGCUGCUACGUCGAAAGAUAAUGGUCGCUGCUGACAGAUCGGUUAAAAAAUGAGCGGGCUUUUUGGAGAGGAGAGCUGCGAAAUUUUGAGGACAUAUUUCAGUAACCUGGGAAUCAGAUGUUUUUCAGGGGGAAAAGGAAGAAAGAGAGAAACAGGAAGAAAGCUGAAGGAUUGCUAAGAAAUGAGCUUUCUUAGAAAUCAGCUUUUCUUCGCCCUCCUUCGUUUAGGAAGGGAAGGCCUGAUAUUCAGGUUAUUACGUCACUUCCGCUGUUCGAACAAAACCCCUACCAUUAACUUAUGAGGUGUGCAUUACAUCCCCAGGGGACCCCUACCUGGGAGAACAGAUAACCCAGGCUUCGAGCUUGCGUAACACAGAGUGGGCCACACACAACUGUGUGCUAGGUUACCCAGUGAUUGGUAAGUAGCAAUUCAGUAUUAGUCCUAUGAUGUCAAUACCCUAGUUCCGUGAUAGAACAAAUAUUUGCUGUUUAUCAAUGCUACUGCGGAGUUCCGAUUUCAGUGCUGAUACUUGUCCCAUAAGAUGUGCAGUCAACACUCUUUAAGGCGGAUACUGGCACCAGGUGCCGUAGGUUUACAUGGUCAACACAUGCAAAACGAUUUGUCUUGACGCUGUUGCGUAAGCUAAUGACUUUCACUGGGUACUAAUCAGUGAUGCCGCACUCUGAUUUCAUAGUGAUAUGUGAAUGAUAAAGCUUAAAAUGAUGAACAUGAUUGGUAAAGGCCUAGUAGCGUCAUUAUAACGAAUAAAAGCCACUUGGUGCUGAAAAUAGCAAACAAUAACUAGAUUGACUUGAUGCCAUAAUUGUAAGUAGCUUUUCUUUUAGGUAAUAGUAAUCUUGUUAUCACUUCAUCCAGAGGAAAAGUCCUUAAUUGAUCUUCCCUGAUGGAUCAUUCACGACAUAAAGCUGAUCUCCAAUUGCAAGUUUUGCUAAGCCGUUUAGUUUUUUUAAUACUACAUGUACUAUUUCCUUGAAGGGAUCUGGCCAGACGGAGCGGAUGGUACAGAUGUCAACUCAGUAAGUCGUUCCAACGGAAAACAAUUACUUGCUACUGGUGACGACUUUGGUAACGUCAAUCUGUUCAGAUAUCCCUGUGUUAGCGACAAGGUAUGUACUUUGAUUUUCUUAAAUUUGCGUUUUCUGUCCCUUGGGUAGCAAGGACACGAUUGUUUAAUUCACCAUGUAUCAUUCUAAAAGGCAAUGGAAGAGCCUUUAGUGUAUCAGGCAUUCUAUUCUCCAGUUACGCGCAAAGAAGAUACGAUAUUUCUUCCUUUUCGCCUCUUCUUCACGCGAAUGAUCAUCCUUUUUCACUCCCUACCCUCCCCUCCCCUUUCUCCCUACCAGUAACCCCUGAUUAAUUUCAGCCUCACAUAACAAACUUCACCCGUAAAUGUAGCCUACCAGUAAACUUUCUCUCGAGUGCCCGUUGGCUAAAACCAAAAAACAUUACCUCUACUGUUAAGACUCGAGUGACCAUCAGAAACUUUUACGUCUCUCUUUUUGCUGUUAUUUAUUUAUUUAUUUAUUUAUUUUACUUUUUAGGCGGAGCCAAGGGUCGCCAAAGGGCACAGUGCGCAUGUCAUGUGUGUGCGAUUUCUAUUCGACGACACCCGACUUAUCAGCGUAGGUGGUCGAGACGCGAGUAUUUUGCAAUGGAAAGUCACCAAGUCUACUUAAUUGGUCGACACAACAAAUCUGCCCCGGGGCUGCUAUCGCUUAGCGGGAAAUUCAGAUGGACAUGGUGUAGAGUAUAUAAUUAUGUACUGUAUACUGCACAACGACAUCUGCAAAGUACGCCCUAUUUUAAGACCGCGAUUGACGCUGGCAGGCCACAAACCUCUUGGAAGGGAAAUUCCACAGGCACAAACAAAUGAGAGCCCCACCCACACGCAUCCGGGUAUUUUUUCCCGAGAAAAGUGAGAUUUUUUCCUUCGUUUUAGCCUUCCGUCCACACGUAAACGGCGUCUUCGGGCGACAAAAAAGCAGGUUUCCGAACGCGUCCCCUGAGUGGAGUUUU